GUAUCGUCUACUUUGCAUUGUCACAGUCAAGCAACGUACCCUGUUAUAUCAGAUAAUAACCUGGUUUAAAGAUGGAGAUUGAGAGGAAACAAGUUGAUCUAACCAAGGUGAAAGAGUCCGGACUGCCAGUAGUAUGGGUUAUUGGAGGACCAGGCUGUGGUAAAGGAACCCAGUGUGAUCAUCUCCGAGCUAAAUACGGAUACGUUCAUCUUGCAGCAGGAGAACUGCUAAGACAUGAAGUUAUGUCUGGAUCUAAGAGAGGUUUACAACUCUAUAAACUGAUGGAAAUGGGAGAGCUUGUUCCUGUAGAGGUUGUCCUGGAUCUUCUCUCCGAAGCAAUGGCGUCCAAAGUGACCGGAAGUAGUGGAUUCCUUAUUGACGGAUAUCCCUUGGAUCUGGAGGAAGCAGAGAAAUUUGAGAAGCAAGUUGUUCCCGUCACAAGAAUAAUCCACCUGGACCUUAGUACAGAUACUAUGGUUGACCGGCUAACCCGCCGGGGUAAUUUCGACGAUAAACCAGAAACCGUUCUAAAGAGGGUUAAACUAUACGAGGAGAAAACUGUUCCAGUUUUAGAGAAAUACUGCAAUAAAACAGUCAAGGUUGAUGCUGACCGUAGUGCUGUAGAUAUAUACCCGGAUAUGUUGAAAGCUCUUUCAGGAGAACUAGAAACAGGAGGCAGACCUGUCGUAUAGAUGAUUACUUCAAGAGAUCAAUCAAUUGAUUAGUUGAUCUGUCGAUCAGUAUAUCAACAGAUCAUCAUAUCAGUUGAUCAGUAGAUCAACAGAUCAGUAGAUCAACAGAUCAGUAGAUCAACAGAUCAGUAGAUCAACAGAUCAGUAGAUCAACAGAUCAGUAGAUCAACAGAUUAGUAAAUCAACAGAUCAGUAGAUCAACAAAUCAACAUAUCAGUGAAUAAGAAGAUGACCAGAUCAGUUGAUCAAUAGAUCAUUAGAUCAAUGGAUAAAUAGAUUAAUGGGUUAAUAGACUAAUGGACAAAUAGAUCAUUUGAUCAGUACAGAUCAACAGAUAAAUAGUUUAACAGAUCAGUAGAUUAGCAGAUCAAUCGAUCAGUUGAUCUGCAGAUCAGUUGAUCUGCAGAUCAGUUGAUCUGCAGAUCAGUUGAUCUGAAGAUCAGUUGAUCUGAAGAUCAGUUGAUCAGUAGAUCAGUUGAUCAGUAGAUCAGUGUAUCAGUGGAACAGUUGAUCAGUAUGUAGACCGGUUUUUCAGUGGAUCAGUUGAUCAGUAGAUCGGUUGAUCAGUAGUUCAGUUGAUCAGUAGAUCAGUUGAUCAGUAGACCAGUUGAUCAGUAGAUCACUAGUUUAAUAGAUCUCUUGAUCAGUUUGAUCGGCAGAUGAAGUAUGUAUUUAAAAAAAUGAACCCAAUAGAAUAACUUUAGAAAAAAAUCAAUUCAUGGUUUUGAUAAUCAGUAGCUGUUGUUUUAUGUUCUUUUUUAUAUUUUUAAAUAAAAAUGAUAAUUUAUCCUU